ACACAUGAAAACGCAGAGGUUUCCAAAUCAGUGACUUAUCAAUUCAUAUAAAAUCAAUAAAAGAUUUGUUGAUAUAUGGAUGAAGCAUUUCUUUUGUGGCAUUGUUCACCUGUGAUUCCGUAGAGCUAAGUGGUAUAAAGCUACAUGAUGAUCAUUAAUGGUUGUCUACCAAAGAAAGUGUGUUUUACUAGACCUGGACUCAACAUUUUCUUAAAGUGAUAAUAGUCAUUUUGAUCCACAUUUACUAGUGUUUAUUCAAAUGAAUCAACAGAAACAAGGUCUUAAUCCAUUUUCUAGCAAGAUGUAUCAAGGAAUUACGGUUUUGUACUACACUGUUGGACUUGCCUAUCUGAUGUUCAAUGGCAUCAUGGCGCUAUCAGAUCAAGAAGAACACAAUACUUUACUAAACUGCAUUUUUAAUAGAAUUCCACAGUCUUUACCUACAAAUUGCGAAACACUGACCAUUCAAAGUGAAAACUUGGGAGUUCUGACUUCAACUACGUUUAUGAAUUUAAAUGUAAGUCGUAUACAGACGCUCAUCAUUUCUGAUACAGGAAUAACUGAAAUUAGAAGAGAUGCCAUGUUAUACUUCCCUAUGCUAAAAGAAUUGGAUGCAUCAGAAAACUCCAUAGCAAGGAUAGACUCUGCUGUUUUUGAAUCUCUACCUGAACUAACUAACCUAUACCUUCAAGGCAAUAGAAUUAACAACAUUUCAAAAACAGCCUUUCAAGGACUGGAGAACUUGAAAAUUUUGCGCCUUGACAACAAUCAACUAACAAUUGUUGAUUCAUCUUUUUCUGAUCUCAUCAAUCUACAAACAUUAAAUCUCACCUUUAAUUACAUCACAGAGAUUUCUUCAGACACCUUUGAUGGAAUAACCAAAUUGCAUGACCUCUUUCUCGCAUACAACCGACUGAGUGAGAUCCCAGAAGCUUUAAGAGACGGUCGCAUACAGAAGUUGUACCUAUUGAAUCUCAGGAGCAACCAACUAAACAUCCCAUUAACAUCUUCUGAUCUCCACCAUGACUACUUAGAAGAGCUCUACUUGACAAACAAUGAUAUACCUGAGCUCUCUGAUGAUGUCUUUAAGUAUCUUAGGAGGCUACAAGUACUGCACAUUGACUACAAUCGUCUGACCAACUUCAAUACUUGGCUGGUACAUCAUCCACAAGGACUCCAGGAGAUCAAACUUGACCACAAUCCAUGGAACUGCAACUGCACUAAUACCAAGGUAUGGGAGCAACUGGGUCAGCAGGCAAACCUACAUAUCAAGGAACAUAACUCCACUUUCUGUGCCAUGCCUUCUUCUAAGAGAAAUGAGGUAAUCUUUUAUUUUGAUAAAUUUUGUGAAAGUUCACCUCUUUUAUCAGAUGCUGCCCUCAAAGGUAUAAUUGCAGCUUCUGCUGUCAUCUUCACAACUCUUCUUAUAACAAUCUGUAUCUGUUGCUGUAAAAAUAAAUGUCAACACAAGAUGAAACAUCCAGAAUCAUCUGAAUCUCCAGAGAGGCAAGACAAUGAGCCUAAUCAUGAAUAUUGUGUUAAUAUUCCUAGUCCAGUCAGACCAAAGAUGAUGAUCCCUGUUGAUAAUGGAAGACCUGAAGAAAGACAUUCUCCUCUCUAUGAUCACCCUUAUGAUCAACCAGAUGUCACAAUUAAUGAUAACUACUUGAUUCCAAUGGGUGUCAAGACUAAAUAAUUAUUUGAAGUGGACAGUUUUUUUUAGUUUACAUUUUUUCUUCAUGUUUAAGGUUAAUAUAGUCAAAAUAAUUAAUAAGAAAAAUAAAGAUGAAAGAAGAAAAAUUGUACACUUAGUAUUUCUACUGUAGUUGAUAACUAGUAUUCAUUUACAUUUUGUCAGUAAUAUAUUUGAAAAACAGCAUUUUGUUAACAUUAUGCUAAACCUUUUACAAUGUAGCUGCUUUUUUUACAUAGAAAUAUUUAUGUAUUUACUUAAAUUAAUGUGAUUGUCACAAUGUAUAAGCUUUUUCAUUUAACUUAACAAAAUUUGUAUUAGUAGGCCUACCUUAUCUUUAACCAUGAUCAUGUAUAAUAUUAUAUAUAGUAUUAUAAUGAACUAGGAGGGAUUAAGAACUUUAAAUCUACAAACUGGUCCAUACAUGACUUGUAACUUCACAUGAAAAAUAGGUAACUUUCAAAUUCCAAAGAAAUGCAACUGAUAAUUCAUACUCCUCAGAAAUAUGAUGAAAAAAAGAUUAGAAAAUGAAGUUAGAAAUGAAGUGCAAUUUCUUUUCAUACAAAACUUCUUGUAAAACAUCCCAAUGGUCUGGACUCAAGAUUUAUAUUUCAAGCAAGUUUUCAUUUCUUCCUUUUGAAUAUAUCCGCCACAUGUGCAAAAGGCAAAGGGGCUAUUUUUUCAGAAAAUAUCCCCUCCCCUUUAUGAUAAAUUCUGGAUCUACCCAUGGGUGUCAGACAACAUAAAACUUAUCUUUGAACAUGUCAAAAAUUCAACAUGUCUAGCACUGUCUGACAAUCUAUAUGCAUAGAUCAGCAGGAGAACUAAAAUCUAAAAAGAAGAGAAUCUAAAAAGUCCAUUAAGUGUAAUUUCAUUUGGUCGCAUUUCAUAAGUUGGGUAUGCAAAAAAGGGUGGCAGAUGAACAAUUUUCCACGCAGUGCUGUGGAUAAAUUGUUGCUACAUAAUAGCAUCUUGACCAAAUUUAUUGAGUAAGAUCUCAUUUUGAAGCUAAAACUAUAGGUUAAAUAUAUUACCGUACUAUAAAUUAGAUCAAUACAAUAUCAGGAACAAAAACUAUAGCACAUUAAGUUUUAAGUAACAGGGGUGGCGUAGCCGGUGGAUGCGGUGAAUGAUAGAAUGUGAAUCAAACUUAAUUAACAACUUAAUAUAAUAUGUAAUAUGACUGUCAGCCUCAUAUUUUUAGGCAGUUUAAAAGCAGGGAACAACUAAAUGUUAUAAAAAAUUGAAAAUUUUGUAAAUUUGCAGGAAUAAAAUACAUGUGUAUGUCAGCUCUGAUCUGCAACCUAAUAUCAAUUAGUGAACUGUAAAAAUUUGGUUAAUUAUCUUAUUUGGUCAUUUUCAAACGUGAGUGACACGACAAUCGGAGAGGGUUAAGGGCUCAUAUCUUUAAACUUAAAGGUUAUGAAUCAAUCAUGACUACUUUAUUAUAUACAAUGUAGGACUGGCAUGGGCCACUACCAGUUUGAUUUGAAUUCUACAAUUUGUUUAGUAGAUAUGAUUGAAAAAUGGUGCGUGAGUGACACGACAAAUUUUGGACAUGGGUUUCUGACCAUUAUCACUUAUGAUUGGAUUCGUGCCCAAGUAGCUGUCCAGGAGUACUGUGAGUACCCAUACAUGUACGUAAAUAGUGUAUCUAUCUAACACAUAUAGUCAGGAUCAAUCAAACCUUUUCUAUGGAAAAUAGUGCCCUCUUAUAUACCGUGAGUGACACGACAUCCAAAACGUGAGUGACACGACAAGUGCAAAAAUACAACAUUUAUCUCAACAACGAAAGUAUUUUUGGCAUGAUGUACAAGAGUUAAAUCCCAUCAACCAAAAAACAAGCUUAAUUGCAUAACAACUGCUUUCUUCAAAGUUGAUAAUAUGUCAUCCUGAUGGUUUAUUCUUGGUUUAUGGUCAUAUUUGCUCAUCAACUCACGUUCCCUAUACCAUACCGCAUCAUUGUCACACUCAUGCUUCUACCACUCUCCUCUUUUUUGGAGGAGGCACUUGAAGAAGGUGUUAUGUGGUCUUGGCAUUGACAUCAACUCAUCUUUUUGUGCCCUGAUGUCAUUCAAAACUUUAACUCUUUCUCCCUAUCUGUAUAUGAUUGUUUAUGGGUUUACAAUUCAGCAUCCACAACUGAUGGAAUAAUUUUUCCUUGUAAGAAAGGGGGUAUUCUCAAUAGUCACUCGCAUCAUCUGACAUGUUCUGGUAGCCAAUGAUACCAUGUACGACUCCUUUUUCUUGAAAUAUUGGAUUACAAUAUUAUCCUCCUAAUAUUUUAGACAUUGUCCGAAUAGGACUUGGCAGCUUCAGUGUCUUUUUUCGUACACUGUACCAAACCACAGUUACUUGGCUGCACACUUCAGAUGGACUAUUAG